CUAGCUCAUGACAUAGGAGGGCUAUCUUUGCAAGCACGGUAUAGCUUGCUUUUGACACGAUUGUUACUGCAUAAGCUUUACUGCACCGUUUCCGUCUGCUUCGUGCCUAAUUGUAAUAAGUAGGCGAACGCGUGUUUAGUUGUGUCCCUCGCAAGUGUUCCUCCUUUUUUUCGGAUCUAGAAGCUCACAGUACUUGGAUAGCCACUGCGAAGGCUCCUUACGCUAGCCAGCCGCACAGGAGCGUGUUAUAGAAGGAGCUCUGGGCCGAGAGGCCCUUGCUUGGGUGUAACCAUGAUACAUUUUGUAAUCCUUAUGAGUCGCCAAGGCAAGGUGCGCCUGGCGAAAUGGUACUCGACGUAUAACAUGAAGGAACGCGCUCGCGUCGUGAAGGAGAUCACGCCCAUGAUUCUCGCCCGGCCCCUUAAGCUGUGCAACUUCCUUGACUGGAAGAACAUUAAGCUGGUGUACAAGCGCUAUGCGAGCUUGUAUUUCGUGUGCGGCGUGGAUGUGGGCGACAACGAGCUCAUAACCCUGGAAAUCAUCCACGAGUUCGUGGAGGUCCUGGAUCGCUACUUUCAAAACGUGUGCGAGCUGGAUCUCAUUUUCAAUUUCCAUAAGGCCUACUACAUCCUGGACGAGCUGCUGGUGGCGGGCGAGCUCCAGGAGCCGAGCAAGAAGGCCAUCCACAAGCACAUCCAGGACCAAGACCAGCUGGUGGAGAACGCCAAGAACGGGAUUGGGGAGGAGGGGCAGCCGCGGUAGGCGAGACGGGGAGGAGGGGCAGUCGCGGUAGGCGAGACGGGGAGGAGGGGCAGCCGCGGGGGGAAGAGAACAAGGAAGUUGACCAUACUGCGGUAGAGGAGAGGAGGGAGAUAAGAGCCGGGAAGGGCAUAUUGGUAAUAGCAGUAGAGGAGGCCAUGUGCGGGAGGAAGAGGAAGAGGGGUACAGCUGAGGUUGGGGCGGGGAUGAAAGGAAGGUAGUAAGGGGCAACACCUGCGCGCAUGGAGUCCCUAGGAACUGGUUGCUAGCUUGCCAUUAUUUGGGUUGGAGAAGACGAAGACGAUGAACAACCAGGGCCCUCGGAUGAGGACAGUACCCUAGCUGGGAGGUAGGUUAGGGAGCUGGUGCACGGUUCGCGGGUUGCAUGUGAGAGGGUACCGGUAUGGCAGCUUGUGUUCACACCAGGAAGGGGCAGGGAUCACGCAGCGACGAGUGGAUUCUAGUUACAGUAGCAGGAAUGUACGACUUGUGUUAACAUUGCGGAGGAUAGCCGUGCGUAACCCGGCGGCCAAAAGCUGUGCAACGACACGUGCUGUAACGGUUGCUGCUCUGCCGGUGACCCAUGGGCUGCAAAGGGG